AAGCUGAGAGGGGAGACGGAGAACUUCCUCUGAGAGCUGCCACGUCUGAGCCCAGUCCCAGCUUCACUUCCUUCUCUGGAGCACCCAGCUAUCAGGACAGCAGCGGAGGAGAGGGAUACACUUGAAUUAAUGAACGCUGCCAUGCUGCUCAGGAUUUCUUUCUAUAUCCUAAUUUUGUCGCCAGCUCUCCUGGUGCAGGCCAGCUCUGCAGAUUCAUCCAAGAAGAGCCCCACUGCCAGUCCUAUAUCGCACCCACCUGCCCUUCUGGGUGACCCCAGCUGGGCCCUGGGUCUGCGCCUGUACCAGGCCAUCCGCUCUGAUUCCAGCUCAGUGAACACCCUGUUCUCCCCUCUGCUCGUGGCCUCCUCACUUGGUGCGCUUGGUGAAGGGUCAGUGAGCGCUACUGCCAGCCAGCUCAAAGACCUCCUGAAGACUCCAGCCCCCGCCAAAACUGGAGCAGACACUGCUGAUGUUUUAUCUGGGGCGCUGAAGAGCUUCACUAACGCCAAUGGCUCAAGCUUUAACCUCCACACAUCGUCAGCUUUGUUCUCCAAGCAGGCUCCUCAAUUCAGCCAGAAGUUUGUGAAGGACGUCCAGGCUAGAUUUAGACUGCAGCAUCAGACACUGGGAAAGGGAGACUCCAAGGCUGACCUGAAGCAGCUCCACAGCUGGGCUAAAACUGGACUCGGUGGGCUUGAGGGAGCUUCUUUAGCAGCUGAAAUCCAGGCUAAGGCUGGAGCAAUGAUACUGGCCAAUGCACUGCAUUUUAAAGGGCUUUGGGAGAGAGAGUUCAGCCAGGAGAGCAAAGAUCUUCGUACUUUCUUGGGGAAGAAAUACACCAAAGUGAUGAUGAUGCACAGAGCAGGUUUGUACCGUCACCAUGAAGACAUUGCAAACAUGGUGCAGGUUCUGGAGGUGCCUCUAUGGGGAGGAAAGGCUAGCAUUGUGUUCCUGCUGCCCUUCCAUGUUGAGGGUCUGGAAAGGUUAGACAAGCUUCUGACCCUGGAGCUGCUGACCAAGUGGCUGGAAAAGACCAACAAGACCAGUGUGAUCAUCUCCAUGCCCAAGGCCAACAUCACCAGCACAUUAAGCCUGCAGAAGCAGUUGUCCGGCCUGGGUUUGACCGACGCUUGGGACCAGGAGCUGGCUGAUUUCUCUGGGGUGUCAGAGCAAAGCAAAGGGACGCUCCACCUGGGCGACGUCUUGCAGUGGGCUUCCCUGGAGCUGGCUGCUCGAGCUGGGGAAGGCGAUGCAGAACUUGAGGAGGAACACAUAGAGAAGCCCAAGCUGUUCUAUGCCGAUCACCCGUUCAUCAUCUUUGUCAGAGACAAUGCUACAGGCGCCCUGCUGCUGAUGGGAGCUCUGGACCAUGCAGAGGGAGAGCCCCUCCAUGAUGAGCUCUAACACCCUCUCUGACUUAUAUCUGGCUUUGUCUCUUAAGACACUCCCCUCUCAAAGACUACUCAUGGUUUCUAAGUCGAGACAUUGUCAUUCACUGUGGCAGCCUAUCACAUCAGACUAUGGCUGGCUGUCACACGCUGACAUUGCAUCGUCUCACGCUGACUGACACUGACACUGACACUGCCGAACCCGACACUUACACAGUCACACACACACACACACACACACACACACACACACACACAUUACAACACAGACAUGGCAAACUGAAUGAAAAAUACUGUAUCAGACAUUACUGAAGUCGACAGACACAGAGAGAAAAAAAAAACACUUACUUGGCGAGACUCCCUGCUAUUUACACAUGUGCACCCACACACACACACACACACACACACACACACACAUUCAAGGUCUCAGUGAUGAAGUCAACACAAAGCAGAACGACAAACAAGAGAGCAGUGCCAAACACUAAAAUGCCGACGAGCAGAAGUGGUUACACUGACACAACACUUACCAAAGCAUCGACAGAGAACCUGAAGAAGAGAGGCUCGCUGUGACACCUGAAUCCUCCCUGUCAGGCAAACAGCAGUGUGUGUGUGUUGACCUCACAGAUCAAGGGUGCCCAUGCAGCUGCUCUCAGACUCCCAGACCUGGCAGGGGCCGAUGGCUGGGACCCCUGGGCUACAUCUCAGUAAGACUGAUGGAUCAGCCAAGUGCUUAUUGAUGAGCGAGCUCAAUGCUAAUGGCUGUAAUGAGUCACACGGCCUGUCAACAACACGGAGAGGACGGGGACACCUUUUAAUCUCUUAAUACCAUCAGGGAUCCAUGUCACCGUGAUGCCUCUGGAUACAAACAUCUCUGACAUAGCUCCACUUAAACGUCUCAACUUCAUAUUUAGAAUGAUUACAGCAUUAUUGAUUUCCAUUUGUAUAUUUUGUUUCUUAAAGCCACAGAGUGAGUGGUUGAGAUAUGUGAGUGAACUAAAGUAGAUACUGCUCACAUUAAGGUUGUAUAUUUGAUAAGAUGAACUUCAGUGUCAGUAUAUUUGUAUCACUGUUUCUCCCAGUCUUAAACCAACUGAAUCAAUGUUAUCAAUAUAUUUGUAUUUCCUGACUGCACUGACACAGGCAAAAGACGGGAGACUAUUGUAGUUUUUUACCCUGAAGCAAUUUGGCCGACAUUGAGCCUCAAGGUUCUAUGGAGCCAUAUUUAGAGACCUGAACUGGGAUCAUCAGUUAUUACAUUUUGAAGGACAUGCUAGGCUCCUAGUAACACUUCUGUCACACUUUCUGAUCGUCUCCAACGAAGAAUAACCAUUCCACAUAUGUAUGACACAAGUAAAGGAAUUUAAAAGAGUCCUUCAGCGUCAU